CUCUCUACCUCCAGUAGUUUCCGAGAUACUCAGAGAGAACAGAACAUGGUAGGAAACUCUCCCUGUAUACCCUGUAAAAAAAUAGUAGAAAUGAUGAGCGUCUUAUUUUGAUAAGUGAUUAAGCUGCGCUUCUCGAUAAAUUUUUCGAGCGGUUAUCCGUCCAAUUGCUCACUUCUUCUAACAACGCUCAUCUUCGGUGAUUGAGCGAUGCAUAGUACCUAUACAUAAAUAUUAUAGUAUUGUUAUUUGAAAUGGUACAAGGUAUGUACCUACUGCUGGUAGGUACUAACCGCGUCUUCGACACCUGGUUCUCACACAAAUAGAUCAUUUGACGUCAAUUUUGAGCGUCAAAAUUGACGUGAAUGAGGCCGGUCGCAUGUGCAACACCAACCAGCUGCGCACCGCCUUCCAAAACGUGUCUUUCUGCGCAGACACUACUUGGAGCGUCGACCAGGGACCCUUUCAGAGGGCCAACAUGGGAUUGUAUUUGAAAGAGCGACAAGCUCAAUUUAAAGCUUCCAGAUGGGAAAGAAUCAGUCCGAGGACUGUUAGGGACUGCAUUCCCGAAAGUAAGCUAGCUAGAUAUGCUAAUUUUGAGUAUGACGAAGCCAGAGAACUGUCUUAUACUCCGGCUGUGACGAGGUACGAAAGGCUCUACCAGACUUUUUCUGGAGAAGAAGUAAAUGAACCAUGGAUGCUAGAAGAAAUAGACGAUUUACUGAUAGGUUUCUUGUGUUACAAGGAGCACAAAGAGGAUACGGAUUCUUGUAACGAGAACCACGAUAACCUUCCUUGCAACAACGGAUUCUGUGAGCUGUCCUAUGAAUCUCCCUUUUUGAAUGCCUCUACGUUUGAAGAGAUGGCCCUUAAGCUGAAAAUAAAGUGCCAAAGUACCAAAAUGAUUUGGGACGUAAAAUGUUUCCCUUAUUUCGGCUGGCAGCCUCUGACCCGCAUCAAGAAUCUAGAUUUGUUCAAAUCUCCUAUUAGUCAGUUUUUUGCUUCGGAAUCUUCUGGAACUAAUGAUGCAUGUUCCUGGACAAGAGUACCAGCGAAUGACUAUUCCACGGUUACCCAUUUAGAGGACUUGGCACAGGGCUUCAAACAACCUAACGAGGCAAUUUUGAAGAAAAAUAAGGCCUCUUCUUGGUUGGAAACAAAUACAGAAGAAACAAAUGAUUUGUCCCCACAUAAAAGACUGUAUUCAGCAGUACUUCAAGGUACUUCCCACACCGCUGGACCUUCUCAGCGCUCCACAAGCGUUCAGUUCUCCACUUCAAAGCUGUUGGAAGCUUCUAGCACCACCGAUUCAUUCACAGAAACUCCUUCCCGACCUCCACACACGACAACGGAGAACUUCCAGAAAGUUGCAACCGAAAGUUAUUGGUACCAAAGCCAAAACUACCAAUACUACCACGCUAAAACCAGUACACAACCUCCCGUAUUUACGGGGUACCAAUACUUGCCCCAGAAUAUCGGAGCGGGGUUUUACAGUCGUCCACUGUUCGUACCCAACCCUGGAUUGCUCAGUUUCCGUCACACAGCUUAUUUUCCUCACUUGGUAUUGCAGAAUCCCGCUCCUUACCCUCCGCCCACGUUUCUAGGUUAUAGUAGGCCCGUGGUGCUUCCUCAAAGACCGCAAGUUGUUCUUCCACCCUCCAGCUGGUUUAUUCAGCAAUCUAUGAAGGCUUCCGUGGGUUUCCUGACGAACAGGAACCAUCCCCAAACAUCCAGCUAUCAGUACAGGCCUCCCAAACCUAAACCUCCUCCCUUACCCCUCAAAUCGGUAGAAAGUCCGUCCGUGAUGCAGGAUCUAGAAAAUAUCGUGGCAAAAACCGUGGGGGCAAUUUUGGACGAUCAGGACGAGAUAGUACCGGUCGCAAAUAGUGUUUCGGACGAUUUAGAGCUGCAGGCGUUGGAGCAAUACAGUCCUUCGAGCGAUAACGUGUUUUCGGAGCUGGAAAGACAGGCCACGGAACAGUACGAAACUCCGGAAAACUGGACCAGCCCCCCGAAAGGAAAUAGUACGGCUUUCGGGGGGUUUGGGGCGCUUUUACGUAGGUUAAGGUGCGCGGGAAGUGGUUUGUUAGUGUGUAGGUCAAAAAUAUUCGAGUACAGUUGGAUUUCCACUUGUUUUUUCCUGUUUUUCUAAUAAAAAUCGUUUCUAUAUUU